AGUGAGGUGUUGGGUCAUUGAACAGGAUCAUCAAGCCAUCAUGAGGUCUUUGGUUUUCCUUAUGUUUCUCAGCACAGCAUUUGCUGAAAAUGAUUUCAAGAUUGUUGGAGGAUAUGAAUGCAAGCCUCAUUCCCAGCCCUGGAUGGUGUUUCUGCGUGCGACUUCUCACCAAUGCGGUGGAACCCUGAUCAAUCAGAACUGGGUUCUGUCAGCUGCCCACUGCUACAGCUCCCAUAUAGAGGUUCGUCUGGGUAAACACAACAUUGCGGAGGAUGAGAGUAGCGAGCAGUCCAUCCUUUCUGAGCUUGUCAUUCCUCACCCCCAGUUUGAGUCUUCCACCCUUGACAAUGACAUCAUGCUGAUAAAGUUGAGCAAACCUGCGACUCUCAGUGAGAAUGUGAAGCCUCUGGACUUGCCCAAAAGCUGUGCUCCUCCUGAUACCAUGUGCAGAGUCUCCGGCUGGGGAAUCACCAUGAGCGAGACCACUGAUUCUGAUAAGCUGCAGUGUCUGAAUCUUCCCAUCAUCUCCGAUCGUGACUGUAACAUUUCCUACACUGGCCUAAUCACUGGCUCCAUGUUCUGCGCUGGAUACCUGGAGGGAGGAAAGGGCGUUUGCCAGGGUGACUCUGGUGGUCCUAUGGUGUGUAAUGGUGAGAUACAGGGUAUUGUGUCAGCGGGUGGCCGUUGUGCUGGAAAAGAUCAGCCUGGUAUUUUUACUAAGGUCUGCCUGUUCAACACCUGGAUCACUGAGACUAUAAACAAAUACUAAAAACUGCUUAAGAUUCCACACAACUGAAUAUUCCCAGUGUGAAACCUGUCGACAGUUUAUAUUGAUUUAAUGUGCAAAUAAAAUAAUUUGAAGAAUUA